CCGAUUUCAGUUCAGCGAAAAAUGACGCGGUCCGGACCUUCCAGUGGCUGGGGGUGCAGGGAGACCAGGCUCCGGCGAGUUGAGCCCUCCGGGCGCUGACCGCCGGCGGUCAUGGAGGACGAGCAACCCGACAGCUUGGAGGGCUGGGUACCGGUCCGCGAGGACCUCUUCGCCGACCCCGAGCGGCACCAGCUGCGCUUCCUCGUGGCCUGGAACGACGUGGAGGGCAAGUUCGCUGUGACUUGUCACGACCGCACGGCGCAGCGGCGGCGGCGCGAGGGGAGCCAGCCCGGGCCCGAGCUGGUGUCCGAGCCCGUGUCCGAGGCCGCCGCGCCCCCGCCCAGCUGGGCAGGCCUGCUCUCGGCCGCCGGGCUCCGCGGCGCGCACCAGCAGCUGGCGGCGCUGUGGCCGCCGCUGGAGCGCUGCUUCCCGCGGCUGCCGCCGGAGCUGGACGCGGGCGGCGGCGGGGCCUGGGGCCUGGGGCUCGGGCUGUGGACGCUGGUAUGGCCGGCGCGCACGGACCCCGGCGAGGCGGCGCUGCAGGAGCUGUGCGGGCAGCUGGAGCGCUACCUGGGCCAGGCGGCCGACGGCUGCGGCGGCGCCGCGGUGCGCGACGCGCUCUUCCCUGCCGAGGGCUGCGCGGCCGACUGCGAGAGCCCGCGCGAGUUCCGGGAGCGAGCCCUGCGCACGCGGCGGGACGAGGCGGGGGCGCGGCUGCGCCAGGUGCUUCAAGGGCAUGAAAAAGCCAACACCAUGGUAGCAUUAAUGAAAGUGUAUCGAGAGGAAGAUGAAGCAUACCAGGAAUUAGUUACUGCGGCAACCCUGUUCUUCCAGUAUUUACUGCAGCCAUUCAGGGAUAUGCGAGAACUUGCAACUUCAUGUAAGCUUGCUAUUUUGAAGUCCUUGGAUGAGGAUGGUCUGGGUCCUAAAAGGAUAGUUGCCCUGCAGAAGGAAGCCCAAGAAUGGACCAGACGGGCUGAAGAAGCUAUAGUCUCGAUUCAAGAUAUUACAGUGAAUUAUUUUGGAAAAACAGUAGAAGCAUUAGCAGGAAUGCAGAAACAAAUGGCACAGGAUGAGAAGAGAUUUGGUCAGGCUGCCUGGGCCACAGCAACUCCCAGGUUAGAAAAACUCAAGCUGAUGUUAGCUCGGGAGACUCUGCAACUCAUGAGAGCCAAAGAGUUGUGUUUAAAUCACAAAAGAGCUGAAAUUCAGGGAAAGAUGGAAGAUCUUCCAGAACAAGAAAAAAAAAUAAAUGUUGUAGACGAAUUAGAAAUACAAUAUUAUGAAGUUCAGUUAGAACUAUACGAGGUUAAAUUUGAGAUAUUAAAAUAUGAAGAAAUACUGCUUGUUACACAGUUGGACUCUAUUAAAAGACUUAUAAAAGAUAAACAGGAUGAAGUUAUCUAUUACGAUCCAUGUGAAAAUCCAGAGGAACUUAAAGUCAUGGAUCGUGUAAUGGGGCUGCAGGAUGAUAAGAAUUUGGAGGUGAAGGAACUCAGCCGGCAGUGCCAGCAGCUGGAAUCUAAACGGGGCAGGAUCUGUGCCAGAAGAGCCCGUCUCAGGAACAGAAAGGAUCACUGCAAAGAAAAUCAUCGACUCAGAUUGCAACAGGCUGAAGAAAGCAUAAAAUAUUUGCAUCAGCAUCAUAGCGUUCAGAGGAAAAGAGACCAGAAAAAAGAGGAGGAGCAAAAGAAAAAAGAAUGGAUAAACCAAGAACGCCAAAAAACACUCCAACGAUUGAGAGCAUUUAAAGAGAGAUGUCCAAGUCGCUCUGUCCUAAAGAGCUCUCGCUCACAACCUGUUGCUCCACACCGGCCGAGUGGACUUCCCCGGCAGACAUCCCCGCCGACUUCUCAGAUGACGGCGGUGAUCCAUCCGUCCUCUAGGAAAACCAGAAGCGCUCCCUUAUCUGAAGUUAGUAACGUGAUAACCCCUGAGCAUGAAGACUGUGCUAGAAACAUCCCUGUUCAGACUUUUGUUCCAGUUGGUGCCCAAACACACUCCAAAUCAAGUGAGGAGUUGCCACUGCCUCCCCCUCCUCCUCCUCCACCACCACCACCACCACCACCACCACCACCACCACCACCACCACCGCUGCCCCUCCCUGCUCCGCCCUUUUCUUCUCAAUCUGCAAAUCAUCGGAAUUUACACUUCAGGACUUCAGCGAAAGAUGAUCAGCCGCAUCCUCUAGUGUGUGAAUCGCCCGCUGAGAGCCCGUGUGGUUCCUCAGACAGUUUUACCUGCCCAGGGUCGAUGGACGAAGUGCUGGCCUCCUUAAGGCAUGACAGGGCCCCUCUCCAGAAGGUGCAAGCGCCCACGUUGUCCCCUCCCCGUGCCUCAGUCAAUGAGCACAUUCUGGCUGCCAUAAGACAAGGGGUCAAACUGAAGAAAGUUCACCCUGACCUUGGCCCAAGCCCCAGCAAUAAACCCACCAGCGACCUGGAGAGGAGCAUCAAGGCGGCGCUUCAGAGAAUUAAGAGAGUAUCUGCUGACUCGGAGGAGGAGGACGAUCGUGAUGAGCAGAACCCUGGCGAGUGGGACCGUUAGCCUCUCCGCCAAGGCCCAAGGCUCGUUCUGGAAAAGCAUGUGAAUGGGGUGCUGGCAGACUGGCCACAUAACGCCCUGAAAGAUCAGCAGGGCUGGGCGUGUGACGUUGCAGCUUUAUUUAACGCUGCAGCUCUUAAAGUCAGGGAAGGAAGGAGAGACGUGGUGCCUUUCACGCAUCUAAGAACCCACGGUGAGCACCGCUGGCAUAAGAAAAUGGUAGUUAUUGUUCACCACGGAUAAUCUAGAAUCAUUCCCUUAUUCUGAAAAACAUUUACACUGCUAUGGUAAACAGCACUACUGACCGUUCCUCCCGAGUGUGUGUAGUGGUUUCCUGAGAUUGAAAGGUUUGAAUGUGAACGUUAUUUUAACAAUAAUCCGAAUAAGUUGCUUAUAAGCAGAAAUUAUUUUAAAUAUUUUAAAGGAAAUGUAUUUCAUGUAUCAGGCAGUAUAUAAACCCAUAAUAAAGAACUAUUUAUAAUGCA